CAUCAGUUUGGAGGAAGUGCUUCAGUGGAUUGCAUGCAAUGGGUUUACGGAUUGCCAUUUAAAGUGGAUUUGGUGUGAUUUUGGAAAGGAAAGGGAUUCCUUCCUGGCCAUAGGAAGCAUCCAAGUGCUAAAAGUGCUUUCUUGUGGGACUUUUUCCGGGAUUUUGUGACUCUGUGAGGUAUUUUUGGUGUGGUUUUUGGUGACUCGAAAUUGUUCCAGCAGCAGCAGGACAAAUCAAUACGCGCUUUUGAGGAAUUUUCAUCAAAAUUUGGAUUUUUCAACGUGAAUUUUCACACACACACAAUAAAAUGGACAAGGACUCAAUACAUUCGAGGAUACCACGGAUAAAUGGUUUGACAAACAGAAAUGGGCUACCAGUGAGUAGUCUGGCGGGAGGAAAAAUCCCAGGAACAAAAGCUUCCAAUCUUCUGGCCACGACAACGACAAAAUUGGGCAAAUUCGCUCCGAGUCUACUGCGAGGGACCACAGGAAAUCGCCUACGACCAGGUGUGCUGAAUUUAACGACAACACUGGGCAAGAAGGGUCCCAGUACGACAUUCGAAGUUCCCAAAUCAUGUUCCAAUGAGAACAUCAAGAGGAGCACGGGGCUCACAAUGGCAAGUGGGGAGCAUGAGGAGGAUUGUGAGAUGCUGGUUGAUGAAACCAUAAGCCUAGUUGGCAGCACGGAUCACUUGGCACUGCAGGACGACGAGGUAGCUUUGGAUACGACAAUCGCCAGCAGGGCACGUGAAGUACUCACACCGGACUGUGAUAAAGAAUCGGCCCUGGGCCAAAUCUUUCACUCAACCUUCGAUGUCAGCCACAUUAGCCGACCUCCAAUGAACUCCACGCCACGUGGCGAGGAGGCACCCCAUCUCACAUUCAACGUGAGCACUCAGGGUGGUGACAAUCCCCUUCAGCUCACUUACGACAUCGUCAGCGAGACAGAAAGUCCACGGGUGAGCAUGGAAAACCUUCUGGGAAAUGCUCAAGUUGGUGGAAAGCCCACAAGUGGCGGGAAAAAUUCCACAAAGCCAACAAAUGCAGCAAAUCCUCUUGUGCAGAGUCCAAAGGACCCGGAUAAGACGAUUGUGGGAGCUUCUGAAGACCCACCUGAGGAAUCUGGGGAGGAGAAGAAGAAUCUCCCGUCGGAAAAGUCAGCAAAACCCCGCUUUUCCUUUGGCUUAGAUCUCACCGAUUGUACCCUUGACUGCUCCAUUGAGCUGUGUGACAUCUCCCUGGCAUCCUCGGGUAAACCCACAAAGAGCCCCAUAAAUUCCCUGCACAAGCAGAAUUCUUUUGAAAUGGAUGAAAGUCUGGGAAUUCUUACUCCUGACCAGAUGAAGGAAUUUUUGGAUUCGAAUAAUUUGGAAUUGCCCCUGGGCAAUGUGAGUUCGAAGAUGUCAAUGCAUCAGUGUAGAAUUGACCAGACACCAUCACCGGAGGAACUGCCGUUGGAUCCUGUGGCUGUGAAGACAGACUCGGCGGAUGUUGUGAUGCACCAGCAACCGCCUCAGGGACAAUAUCAGGAGGUGUCACAGACAGAUUCUGAUCCCAAGACGGAUCAAAUGACCAAAUCUGCAGCCUCAAAGGUGUCUGUGAGCUUCAUCACGAGUGUGACGAGCAUAACGAGCCUGGACACGGGGUACCAGGGUGAUGGGGAGAUGUCCAGGCCGGCUAGUAGAGGUGCAGAUCAUUCCCCAUCGAAUGGCCCACGAGCUGGGGCUGCUCCCGCGCCAAAUGCCCAAGCAUUCAAUGCACCCGUAGCCAGGCGACAGGAUCCCAUGACGGAUUCGGAUUUCUUCACAGAGAGCGAUGCUGAUGAUAUCUUUCACCAUCAGAGGGGCGAUAGGCGUGCUCAGGUGAUUGAUGGUCAACUCUAUGGGCCCUCAAUGCAAGCAGCCAAUGUGUACAUCCAUCAGCCACAGCAGGGAGAUGAUUCGUGCAUGGAAUCCAGUGGUAUUUUCACAGAUGUGGACAAUCGUGCCGAUGAUGAUUUUACACAUCGUCUCGCAGACAACGACAUGUCUCCGGAUGGAUCUACAGAUACCCUCCAGAGCAAUGGGACAAGUACAGAGUGCAAUAGUCAAAAGAAGGUCAGCGCUAGUCAAUCUCCCACCUCUCUCUCCCCAAGCCAGCCAACUCAGCUCCAGGUAAUCCCUGCGCCGGCUGAGGAGGUGACCAGAGAAAAGCCCCCCGUUGAGGGGACAGCAGAAGCUAUCGCGGAGAGUCGUGGGGCAGCGAAAUCGACGAACCCAUGCGAUACGAGCGAUAAGAGUCCAAGCACUGCAGUGCGAUCAGUAAAGAAAGUGAACCCCAAUAGGAAGCACGCCAAGAGUGAGGUGUUCACGGGUAAGAGUCGCGAAAUUCGGCGCUCAAACACCACGAGCCUGGCCAGCAGGUCACCCAGCGACAUGGAGAAUCAAGAGAAUAAAAUGCCGAAAAAGAUGCGACCGCCCAAUAAGUGGGAUGGUGUGAUGAAUAAAAUUGCCGAGGGCAAGACGUCCGGGAAGACAAAGUUAAAUAUUAGUGAUGUGAAAUCCAAAGUGUUGACAGGAAUUUCGCGGGGAUCAACCAAGAUUUCCGCCACAGCCAGCAGCACGGAACAGAAUUCACCAAAGAGGCUCACCAUCGUAGCCAAAAGGGGACGGACUUACAGCAAAGACAGUCAACAGAGCUCACAGAGUGACUUGAGCGUAUCAGGUGGUGGUUGUUCGCCCAAAUUGCAACCGAAGGCUUCUAUCUUAUCACGUACUGCAAAAAAGCGCGAUGUACGCACAAUCACAGCAUCACCCAGUGAUCUUGGACCACCAAAUAAGACUACGGGCAACAAUACAAAUGUCAGGAAUGUCAGAGUCAACAAUGCACCACAAAAACGAUCCCCGAUCGUGGCACAGCAAUCACUUCCUGCCACCGUACCUGAUGCCAACAAAGGAUCUCCACCGGCAAAGAGGAUGGUGCAGAGACGGCAGCAAAUCACCCUGCAGCCCCAGACACAACCGAAGCAGCCACUCAAAGAUCACAAUCGAUUGGCGGGUGUUGUUCCACUUGCCACAAAAACAGCCAGCGGGGGUGUAACGCAGCAAAAGACGGCUCCUGGGGUGCGACAGCAGCAACCAUCACCGGGUGUUGUCACCAAGAAUGGUCCAAUUGUGGGGCCAAUCACGGAAAAUGGCUUCGCGGGGAGUCAUCCACCUCAGGUGCUGCCUAAAACACCCAAAAUCAACGGCAUCUUACCGGAGAGAGUCUCCCAAUGCCGUGAUCUCACACACGCCAAUCGUGGCUUUGAGGCACUAGGAGUUGUCAUCCAGUAUCUGGUCCACAGUCUGGAUGCGUUUUCCAUGCCAACGCUGAAGGUGAAUCACGAGAGGACGACGAGAAAAUUGCUGGAGACGCGACUGGCGCUCGAUGAGACACGCACGAUGUGCCAGGAACUCCAAGUGAGACUAACGAAGCAGGAGGCCCGUGAAGUUCAGCUGAGAGAUGAGCAUCUCAGCGAAAAGCAGCAAAUGGAAUCCCGCCUGAUGGAAGCCGAGACACGCUUCCGUUCAUUCGUCGCUGAGUCUGAGGAGCGACGUGGUUUGCAUGAGUCUCAGAUGAAGGAGGCCAAGUUGCGUGAGACGGAUCUCGUGCAACGAAUAAGUGAGUUGAGUACGCGGGAGAAUGAGCUGCGCGACAAGGUGGUGGCCAGUGAGGAGGAAUUUGGGGAGAAGCUGCGACUGGCGGCGAUGCGGGAGCGUGAACUACAGGAAAAGACGAUGCAGCUGCAGCGACAGCUGGAUGAGACCAAAGCCAGGGCAGAGGGACGCGAACGGGAACUACAGGAGCGUGUGGAUUUGCUGCAGGAUGAAAUAGCUGUGCUGCGACACACGAGGGCAGCUGCUGCCACAACAAAUGGUCCCACAUCCCCGACAACACGUCAGCGAACCACGAGCACGGGCAACACGCAGGUGCUGCAGGAUGAGGUGGAGAGUCUCAGGUGUGUGCUGGAGCUGAAGCAGAGUGAAAUCUCCGAGUUGCGGAAGCAAAAUGCUGAACUUCAGCGCUCAUCGGACGAACUGUCGGCAACGAUGAUUAAACUUUCCGGCACGGAGAGUCGCGUGGAGGAUCUCCAGGUGCAGCUGGAGGCGAAGAUCAAUGAGGAGAAGGAUCUUGUGGCACGAAAUAAAAUGCUUCAGGAAUCGUAUGCACGUGAAGUAAAGAACUGCAGCCGUUUGGUGCUGCACAAUGAGGAAUUGCAGUGGAAGCUGAAGCACAACAGCGAGAAAUUCGCCAGGACUAUUACGGAAUUGUCCAGGAGCUACCAUGAGGCCAGUUCGUGUUCUCCAUUGAGCUCCACACGACGCCAGGGGGAUAACAACACUCCACGUACGAAUGGGGAUCCGCGAUUGAUGGAAUGCUUCGAGAUGGAGGAUGUUUCACCACCCACGUCGCCGGUGAUGAAGGGAAUUGUGGAGAAGAGUGAUUCGGUGUCGUGGGUGCUGGAGAUGGAAGAUGAAUCCGCAGAGGCAUUGGCUUCGCGCGUUGUACGUCGUGCGGGUUCCUUUCGGGCACCGUCACAAGAUAAAACCACAAAGCGCUCCAAAUGCCAUGGAAAUGCCCUGAGUCAGUCAGCCAGUGCAGCAUCAAUCCUGCAUCAGCAGCAGCAUGACACCCCGAGGAUCAGAUCGCAGUCGAUGAGUCUGCGGGCGUCGGGAAGGAAUCUGGCCAGAUCAAACUCCGUGCAGACCCCUUCAUCGUCGCGAGUUGAGUGGCGUGAGCCAGCCUAUACGUCAUCUCCACUGCCGGGAAAGGGUGGUAGUGUAUCCCCACCCAAGGAGGGUAAGAAGAAGCGCAGUAAUCUCAUCACCUGCGACUCAUCAGCACUCACGCCACGCACCGAACGGGCGCGACUGCAGCUGCCCAAACACUCAUCGGUGCAUGAUUUGCAGAAUCUCCAUCCCAAGGAGUCCGCUGGGGAGGCCAUGGUCUCGGGAUCAAAUAGCGAAGACGAGGCAUCCUCCGUGGACUCCUCGUCGGCUGCCUCAUCGAGCUGCGGUGAGGAGAGUAGCAGCAAUUCGGCCUCUCCCACAAAUAGGCGCAUCCGUCUUGGGGACUUUAUGAUGCAGAAAAUUGUUGCGAGUUUCGGGCAGAAGGACGAGGGAGGAACCCCAAUGGAGGUACAAUGGCCCGAGGAUGGGGAACAGUAUCCGACAGAGUCGAUUGUUUGACAGGAUGACAGCUUCUAGGAGUGCUGCCCAGCCACAUAAGCAGCCGCCGCCCUCCUGACCUUCCUUGUUGAUUUUUCUCCUCGUGCAAUUCAUCCGCAUUUGCUGUGUGCCCAUGCUGAAUAGCCGCUGCAUUGCCGGGAAAAUCGCAUGCGAUUUGUGGGCAGAGCUACACUGCCCUGCAAAAGAAUUGGGACACAAUGCCCCCUAAUUUGAAAUGCUAAAACAAACUAAUAUUUCACUCCCCCUCAAAUCUUGCUCAUUAAAUAGAAAGAAAAAAAAAAGUGAAAUUUAAAUGAAAAACAAAAAAGAAAACUAACAAAGAGCAUAAAAAUAGUCCUCAGUGUGUGUGUGGAAGAAAAUAAAUGUGGCAGUGAAAGUUUUUCUCGCAAGAAGCGAAUGGAAAACAUUAAAAAAAAAAGAAGAAAAAUAAUAUUAAAAUGAAUGUGAAAAGUGAAUCAUAAAAUCAAAGUUAUUGUUGAAUUAUUUUCUGCAUCUGCCUUUUAUGUUUUUUCUUAAUUAUUUUAGUAAUUUUUAAAAGAACUUUGGGAGAUCUUUUAGAAGUUUCUUCCUUCAUUGAAUUCAAAACAAGGCAGGCUAUUUGAAGUUGAAAUGAGAGGAAAAAAAAUGGGAAGAAAAUUGAGGAAAAGUCGUGAAUGCAUUUUUUUGUUUGUUUGUGAAUGUGGGAGAAAAUCUGUUUUACUUUGUAAUUUUGUCGCGCUAAGAUGGAGAUUAAAUCUAAUUGAGAAAUUUAUUCUAUGAAUGUAAACUAGAAAUUCUGAAAGAUUAAAUUAAAAGAAAAAAAACAGUUGAAAUAUUCCAUAAAAAUAAA